AUGUCUCAACAGCAGUUCGACACGCAGCCCUCACAGGCGCCGUCUCCUACCUCUCCGCCCUUCUACCUCUCCGCCCUUUUGCCACACGCGCUGCCCCACGCCCUCAAAUUAAUGUAUCCAAUCCUCGACACCCUCCCUUCUCUCCCCGCCUCCCAACUCCUUCGGUUCCUAAACACCCUAACCCCACUCGCCACCUCUUCUCCCUCCCUCUUCGCACCCCAUCUCCCCGCCCUCCUUCGCUGGCUCCCUGGUCUCAUCCUCUUCAGUGCAGACCCAGGCCCCACACCCACCGUUGCUCGUCCCUUCCCCCCCUCUUCUUCCGGCCCUUCCUCCGGCGUGUUCACAUUCUCAUUAUCUCCGUCCCAUCUUUCUCCCCAUUCCCACUCCUCCGGCGCGGAAGACGGCCCGCAAGACGAACAGGACCUCGAAGUGGAGGAGGUGAGGAAGGCCGUGCUGGAGUUUAUGAUCAGCUUGAGAGAGGCGAAACCGGGGAUGGUGAUGAGGACGGAGGGCUGGGUUGCAACUUUUGGUCAGGGGGUGUUUGGGCGGGAUGGAGGUGAUUGA